AUGUCCAUCACACUUUUUCAACUUAAUCGCCAACUACUUACGCGAGCAUUGACUCGUACAGGUCCAUUGGCUAUAAGACAACAAAAAGCUACUUCUAGUACAGUUACACCAGAAGUAGCAAAUUAUCGAACAAAAUCAGCUGAAUGGGUAGCAACAAAUGAAAAUAAAUUUAAACGUCCAAUAUCACCACAUAUAGCAAUCUAUCGAUUUCCUUUUCAAGUAUUUACCUCUGGUUUUCAUCGUCUUACUGGUGUAAUGUUAAACACAAUGCUUUAUACCGCUGGACCACUUGCAUUUCUUGCUACAGGUCAUAGUGCUGAAAUAUUACAUUAUAUUUAUACAAGUGAUAUACCAAGUUGGUUUAUAUUUUCAGUUAAAAUGUUUAUUGCUUUACCUUUUUCAUAUCAUACAAUAAAUGGUAUUCGUCAUAUGGCAUGGGAUACAGGUGCAGGAUUUGAACAAUAUGAAAAAAUCAGUGCUGCUGUUAUUCUUUUAUCUUUUGUUCUUGCUGCUGGUCUUACUCAACUAUAA